CAUCUUACAAUCAGCUUACAUUACAUUGCAUAGACGGAAUAAAAGAAGGAACCAACAGACAACCAAGAGGAUCAACUUAACACCAUUUAAAAGUCAGACUAGUUCUUAAGAAUAAAUUAAAAUAUCAAAUUAAUAUAAGAAUUUAAAUGAAUGUAAUAGAGGAAUUCGAAAAGGAAAUCGAAUUUAUCUUUGAAUUGUACAUUGUAAAUGAAAAAGAUAGGGACAGUUUAAGAGGACUUUUAAGACAGAUAACACUUAUUGAGAUAAAAUCACGGAAUAAAUAUCUAAAGAAUAAGAAAAAAUCAGGAAGACCAAUAAGAAUAUAGUAAGGAUAAAUAGAAGGAGACUCAUUUUAGAAAAGUUUGAAAAAUUUACUCAUAAUGACCGAAGAAAAUCAAAAACCUUCAGUUAGGAUUGACCCAUUAAAAUACUUAAACCAAAUUCCAGAAUUUAGCGGUGAUUAUCGUGAUUUACAAACCUUUAUUAACUUGAUAGAUAGGGUCUAUCCCAUACUUACUGUUUACGACGAACCUUCACAAUUACUUUUCUCAGAUAUAAUUAAAAGCAGACUCACUGGAAAGGCAAGAGAAGUUAUAGAGAUCAAUUGCCAAGUACAAUCAUGGACGGAUAUAAAGACUGUACUACAUAAUAAUUUCGGAGACAGAUGUGGACUUGAAGAACUGUUCGAUAAACUAAAAGGUACAACCUUCAAAACUAACAGUGUAGAAUUUUAUAAUGAAAUAAAACAAAGACUUAGAAGUCUUAACAAUAAAACAAUUAUGACAAUCGGUUCCGGACCAGCGGCAAAUGAAUGUGCCAAAAAUAACAUGGAAACUGCCUUAAAUGUGUUUAAAGAAAAGAUUCCCGAACCUAUGCGUACAAUUCUAACAUGUAGGAACCCACAGACCCUUGAAGUAGCAAUGGAAAUAUUAUUCCAAGCUGGAUAUGCGUACGUCACAUCAUCAAACGAAAUAUUUCCCAACUAUGGAAAACCAUCGAACAAAACAGGACAUAAAAAUCGACAAAUAUACCGACAAGUUGGUAACAACAAUCCCAAUAAUACAAAGACUUUUAACCAUCGAAACUCGCAACCACACUUUUCAUAUAACCAACCAAAUCCUCGAAAUCAUUAUCAGAAUAGACAAAAUAUACAAUGUGACAACUAUUUCCCUAGACCUGAACCCAUGGACGUAAAUAACAUUGAGACUCCAACCAAUCGCAAUCAUCCUCAAAGUGAAAAUUUUCGAUUUUCUGCCUCAAGGAACUACCAUACAUAA